GUCCCCCGCCCCUGCAACGCCUUCAUCAUCUUCCGCCGCCUCAACAACGAGCGCGCAAAGGCGAUCGAGCACGACCACCGGCACAUCUCCAAGAUGCUCGGCACGUGGUGGAAGGAGGCGUCGCCCGCGGACAAGCUGCUCUACAAGCGGCUCGCGGACGAGGAGAAGGCCCGCCAC